UAUGUGUAAUGGAAAAGGAUACUAUGAAGAAGUUCAAAAGCCUGAAAUAUUCAUUGAUGGUAAGAGGCGAGAAGAAAAUUCAGAAAACAAUGGAAAAUGCUGUCCUCUGCCAUCUAUAUCACAACCCCGUCCCCAUUACCAGUUGGAACAGCUGUUUAAAGCAAAUGAUGGCAAAGCACUCAGUAGAAUGUCAGAUUCUGUGAUUGCAUCGACUGUUUCAAAACCAGUGGCAAGACUUCCCCCAGUACACGUGCCUAACUCUAUGGGAAGACUAUCUUCAACUAAACAUUCCAAGAGCAAUAUAACCGCUCAUAUGGGUAAUCUCCUACUGACUACAAAACAGCUUGACAAACAUCCAGAAGAUGUUGCAAGGCUGGCUGCCAUUAAACUCAACAGAAGCGACUGGCAGACAAAGAAAGCAGGUUUGGAGGAAUGCCUCCAACUAGCACACUCAUAUCCAGAUGAGUUGGAGCCCCACAUGAGCCUUGUGUACCGAGCAAUCAGCUGUCUGCUUCAUGGCCACCGCCCGCACAUCACCAUGUUUGCUUGCCAAGCAUCACGCGAGUUCUUCGCACACAUGCGCUCAACUUGCCGGCCGGAAUUUGAUGAAAUUGUUCAUUCACUACUGGCCCGAACAGCUGACAGUAAUAAAGAAAUCAGAUUGUACGCCAAUGACGCCUUAGAUAAAAUGGUCACAUACAUUCAGACAACACAAGCAGUGCGGCCGAUUGUGGACAAAGGACCAAUACAUAACAACCCACUAGUGCGGACAGCAACGGCAAGGCUCUUAUCUUGUGUUGUAGCUCUGAAAACUCCAAACACAAUUCUGACUCACCCACACUUGAGGGAUACGUGCAAACGAAUCAUUGAAACUGGGGCACUGCUGCUGGCAGACAGCAACAUUAAUGUCAGAUCUGAAGCAAAAUUAUUGAUAUCUCGGUUUAUGAGUGAAGAGGAGUUUGAAAGUGUUUACUAUGCAGAAGUUGGUGAAAAACUAAGAAAAAGAGUGCAGAGUACUUUUAUUGAUAUCAAAACAAAGAUGCAAGCUUUGGACUGACAUUUGUGAACACUGAACUGGAACAAUAUCAGUUGUGAUGGUGGAUCUUUUACAAAUUUAUAUAUUAUAAAG